GCUUAGACGCAGUAGUGACACAAUUGCUCGGCCAACUGGAGAACUCGGGCCCGCCGCCGCUGCCGCGCGAGCGUAUCGCCGCGCUGCCUAGCGAGUGCAUCACGCAGGAACAGGCCGACGCCAGCGCCGCCUGCUCCGUCUGCUGGGAGAACUUCCAGCUGGGUGAGACAGUGUCCCGGCUAGAGUGCGACCACAUAUUCCACUCGUCGUGCAUCACGCCGUGGCUGCAGCUGCACGCCACGUGUCCCAUCUGCCGCCGCUCGCUGCUGCCGCAGGCCCCGCCCCCCGCGCAGGCGCCGCCCCCCGCCCAGGCGCCGCCCACCUCCGAGGCCUCGGGAC